AGACUUAACCAAAGAAAAAGAAAAAGAAAAAGAAAAGACUAAAGAGAGGGGAGAGGUUAGCUCAGCUCAAGGAGACGACUUCUUAAGCGCCGUGUCUUCAAGUGUCGUGCAUGCAUUUUAUGCAUCUGUUGCUUUGCAUGCACUCUCUCUCUCUCACUAUCUCUUUCUCUCUCUAAGAACUAAGAAGCAAGCAGCGCUGAAUUUCGACUUAUUCCUCCAACUCCCACGCUCAUUGCAACGUUGGCUUCUCUCUCUCUCUCUCUGCGAAUUCAGCUCUUCAGAUGUUCCUUCUCUCGUCUUUCUUCUUUCCAGAUUCGGAUUCGGAGCUCAUCUUAGUGUCAAUUCCCGUUCCUGUUCCUGUUUCCUCAAUCGCUACAUGGCCGCAUCUCUGUUUCUCCAUUAUUCUCGCUCUCUGACGCUCUGGUCAAAAGGGGUUUUAGGGUUUCGUUUUCUUUCCCUUUCCACUUGAUCUCUCUUCAAUGGGGUCCAACCGCUGCAUGAACACUUCUUGCGGAGCCGCCACGCCGCACGACUGGACCAAAGGAUGGCCUCUCGGAUCCGCCGGAUUCGCACAUCUCUGCCUCAAAUGCGGAUCUGCUUAUGAAAAUUUGAUCUUCUGUGAUACAUAUCACUCGGAGGAGACUGGUUGGAGGGAUUGCAGUUUUUGUGGCAAGAGAAUUCACUGUGGAUGUAUAGCUUCGAAGUCUUUGUUUGAAUGUCUGGAUUAUGGAGGUGUUGGGUGUACUAGCUGUGUGAAGAGAUCUCAACUUGAUGCGAUCCGAAGAGAUGAAAUUUCUAAUGGCUUUGAUGCAGUGACAGUUGGUAAUGUUGGCCUUCUGCAAUCUGGUUCUGUUGAGGACCGGGCGGUUCGAAAUGGUAUUAAUGAGGAAAAGCUUUUACAGUUGUGUAACAUCAUGGAGGCAAGUGAAACCGACCAUUUUCAGCAACCUCAAAGAGUUGACAGAAUUGCAUCUCCUGUGCAGAACAAACGAGAAAAUUUCCGGAGCCCAUUUGAGGAAGUUGGAACAAGCUUUUUUAACAUGACUAAACUAUCUGUUAAACGCCAACCACCUGUUGGUUCAAUAAUGUAUUCCAAACUAGAUACUAGCAGACCACUCUUAGAACUAAAAGAUAUGCAAGAAUCUCUUAGCCGGCCAUCGUUAAAUAUGACUCUGGGAGUUCCAUCAGGUGCACCGAAUUUUGUGGUACCUGUUUCAGGAAGUGCUGCUGAAGAGGAUGAAAAGAGCAUUCUGCCUUCAUUUCAACAGGGUCAAAGAUCUCGUCCAAUAUUUCCUAAGCCCUUAAAAACCGGGGCAACAGUUAAUUCCGAAGCAAGAAAGGGAAUGGUGCCUAUGGUGCGUAUUGCUCGGCCACCUGCUGAAGGUCGGGGUAAGAAUCAACUUCUUCCACGGUACUGGCCAAGGAUUACUGACCAAGAGCUAGAACAAUUAGCUGGAGAUUUGAAUUCUACUAUUGUUCCACUUUUUGAAAAGGUGUUGAGUGCUAGUGAUGCUGGCCGAAUUGGUCGUUUGGUUCUGCCAAAAGCAUGUGCUGAAGCAUAUUUCCCCCCUAUCUCUCAAUCAGAAGGUCUUCCUGUUAGGAUUCAAGAUGUGAAAGGGAAUGAAUGGACUUUUCAGUUCAGAUUUUGGCCUAACAACAACAGCAGAAUGUAUGUUUUGGAGGGCGUCACCCCUUGCAUACAGUCCAUGCAAUUACGAGCUGGUGAUACUGUCACUUUUAGUCGGAUAGAUCCUGGAGGUCAAUUAGUCAUGGGAUUUCGGAAAGCGACAAAUUCCACUGAUAUGCAGGAUGCCAAGAUCUCUACAGUUCCUAAUGGCUCUCACUCGGGCGAUGCCUCAUAUUCUGGGGUCUUUCAGAAUUUGCCUUUAAGAGCUGAUGGAGAUAUUAGCUUGCAUAAUUGUGAAAAUUUUGGCGGGAAGACAAAUGAUGCUUCAGGACAACAACCAAUGUUGCCCGUGGAGAAGAAAGGGGCUCGAAACAUUGGGUCUAAGAAUAAAAGGUUGCUCAUGCAUAGUGAAGAUGCUUUGGAGUUAAGACUCACAUGGGAAGAAGCUCAAGAUCUACUCCGCCCUCCACCAAGUGCAAAUCCCACCAUUGUCACUAUUGAUGACCAUGAAUUUGAAGAGUAUGAUGAACCUCCAGUCUUUGGCAAACGGACUAUAUUCACUGUCACAUCAACUGGGGAACAGAAACAAUGGGCUCAGUGUGAUGAUUGUUCAAAAUGGCGGAGGUUGCCUGUGGACGUUCUUCUCCCUCCAAAGUGGACUUGUUCGGAUAAUGUUUGGGAUUUGAGCAGGUGUACAUGUUCUGCCCCAGAAGAGAUCAGCACAAAGGAACAAGAGAAUCUUCUUAGAGCAAGUAAAGAUUUUAAGAAACGUAAAAUCAUGAAGAGCCAGAAGUCUACUCAAGAUCUUGAGCCUUCUGGUUUGGAUGCGCUGGCCAGUGCUGCUGUGCUGGGUGAUAGUAUGGUUGACUUGCAGGAAUUGGGUACAACAACUAGACAUCCUCGACACCGACCAGGAUGCACGUGCAUUGUGUGUAUUCAGCCGCCAAGUGGGAAGGGAAAGCAUAAGUCCACAUGCACAUGCAAUGUCUGCUUGACUGUUAAACGUCGUUUUAAAACACUCAUGCUGCGGAAGAAGAAACGCCAAUCUGAACGUGAAGUUGAGACUCUGCUCAAGGAUGGGAAUCCACAAUUCGACGUGUCAGGAAUGAGCGGGACAGUGAGGGAUACAUUGCUGCACACAGACCAUUCAGAGAAUGAAGGAAGUCAGAGUAGGAUUAAAGACAGGGAGGCUGCAAUUAGCAGUGGGCAAAUUGACUUGAACUGCCACCCCGACCGAGAGGACAUGCAACUGGAGGUAGCAGGAUUAAGCAUGAUGAGCCUUGUCGAGGCUGCCAGCCAACCUUUAGACAGCUACACAAAGCAAAUUGGAGUCUCCAGCGUUACAAGUGAGCAGCAGUCCAGUCAACCAAGUAGCGCAGAGAGUGAGAGACGCCUAUCUGAUGAAGGGUGUCAUGGAUCGGGACAUGAGAGCACAAGCAACGGAUGCAGAGAAGAGCACCAUUGAGAUUGAAAACAUUUUUGGUUUUUUUUUUCUUCACAAGUUCUCUUACUCACAUGGUAUAUAAAUAAUAUAACUGAAACAUAUACGUUGUUAGUUUAUCAUACAAGUUGAUCAUUGAUGAUCUUUCAGCCUCACUUCUUGCUCCUUUUUGCUAAGAGGAGUUGUAUUAAUAUAUGUAUUAAUAUAUGAUGUAGCGUGUCGAGUUUCCCAGUAAUGUGAAGGACGUCUUUUGGAUA